AUGUCAUAUCCCGGAAUCCCGACCCCGCACACUCCCACCACACCACACCUUCCUAACAACUUCACCAUCCCCUACACCAUGCCUUCCCCACUCCCCAAGUCACCUUCCCUCCUGAUUGUCUCAGCUCCGGUCUGGUUGCGGCACACCGAUCCUUGGCCACUCCCAUCCCGGAACCUCGGUCCCGAGUCGGAACAUUCGGAGACCCCGGAUUUGCUCCGAUAUCCCGACGGACCUCCGACAUCCCGUGACAUGCCCUUAAACCUCUCCUCCACCCAUUUCAUUUAUUUGAGUCACCUAACAUCCUUCGGAUACACAACUCCGCUUUCGGAGCUACCCGCAUCCUUCGGUGAUCUCCCUCACGUUAUCACUUAUUAG